AUGUCACCAUGUGGGCGUGCAGCUCUUCAUUUGUGGAGACGGAUUCGUCUGGAGUUUGUCGUCGAGUUGCCCUUGCUGAGAGAGAGAUGGAAGACGAUCCUGCUGGGAGCGGUGUUCCAAUAUGUGCACGCCAUGGCCACACAGCUGGCCCACCGGAUGCACCGCCCCAUGGCGCAGCCUCUGCAUGAUGUGGGCUUCGACCUCCUUCCGGAGCUUGGGAAGUCGAACGAGUGGGUCAGCGAACUGAUAUUCACUUCACUUUUUGUCUCCUUUGUCCUGUGGACGUUCUCGCCGUUCGUCUUCCCGAAGAAACGCUUCUACACUGCAGUACUCUACAGCCGCAUUCUCACCGCCCUAGUGGUUUGCCAGACACUGCGAAUACUGUCCUUCACGGUGACGCAGCUGCCAGCGUCGAAUUACCACUGCAGAGAGGGGCAGGUCACUGCCAUCAGGGAGAUGCCCGAGCACUGGUGGGGCCACGUGGCUGUGGACCUCCAGCGCCAGGCAACACAUGGGUGUGGCGACUUGAUAUUCUCAUCGCACACCACCUUUGCGCUUGUGGGCGCCCUGACUUAUACUGAAUUCGGCACGCACAAUGCCACAAAGGUGAUCACAUGGCUGGCUGUGGCGGUGCUGAGCGUGCUGAUAGUGGCAUCGCGCAAGCACUACAGCGUGGAUGUGCUCAUUGCCUGGUACGUGGUCCCGCUGGUGUUCUGGACUCUGAGCAGGCGAUGGACCACCAAGCGCAACGUCACCGACGGCGUUCUCCUGGGAGAGGGCGCCUACCUUGUCAACAGCGAGUCUGCCGCUGAGCUGCAGGUGCGUACUCUGCGCACUCUGCCCCUGAAACUCACAUCAUGGAUGUGUGACACACACAUCUGGAUCCUGUGA